AUGGAAAGAUUGCUGAUAGAAAAACAACAAUUGACAUCCAUAAUUGAUUCUAUCAACUCUCAAGAGGAAAAUGGUGCACUAACUUCCCAACAAUUCAUUAAAAGAGUGGAAAGCAGAUCCAAAUUGAAUCAAUUGAAUUUAAAUAAAACUAGAAAAUGGUUGGUUAGAUCCAAGACUAAACACUUCAAAGAAGGUGAUGCAAACACAAAGUACUUCCACUCUCUUGCAAAUGGCAGAAGAAGAAGAAAUACAAUACAAAAAUUGGUUAUUGAAGGUGAAGAUAAUUUUUGUCAAGCUGACAUUAGAGAGGAAAUCUCCAAAUAUUUCUUCAAUUUGUUUAAAGAAGAGCACAAAUUCAGGCCUCAGAUGAAUGAAGAAUUCACUAAGAUAUCUUCAUAUGAAAGCAGUUGGGUAGAAAGACCAAUUGAAGAAGAAGAAAUUUGGCUAGUAAUCAAGAAUUGCAAGAACAAUAAAUCCCCUGGUCCUGACAGCUAUAAUAUGGAAUUCUACAAAGCAACAUGGGAAGGUGCUUUCAUUGCUGAUAAACAAAUAUUGGAUAGCAUCUUAAUAGCAGGAGAGCUUAUUGAUUCAAGACUCAAAAGCAAAGAUCCUGGAAUCAUAUGCAAGCUUGACAUUCAAAAAUCCUUUGACAAUGUCAGUUGGCAUACAAUCAGUCAAGUUUUGCAUAGUUCGGGCUUUGUCUCUAAGUGGAUUAAUUGGAUGGAAUGGUGCACUUCUUUAGCCCAACAUUCUUUACUGAUCAAUGGUUCUUCCACUCCCAAAUUCAAACCACAAAAAGGUUUAAGGCAGGGGGACUCCCUUUCACCUUUCCUUUUCAUCUUAGUGGCUGAAAUCUUUACAAAACUAAUGAAGAAUGCAGUUCACCUAAACAUGAUUUCAGGUUUUUCAGUCAACUCUAUCAAGGUCUCUCAUCUCCAGUUUGCUGAUGACACUCUAGUCUUCCUGGAUGCCAAAGAAGAAGAAGCUGAAAAUCUUGUCCUCAUCCUGCAAAUUUUUGAAGCAAUUAUAGGUUUGAGUGUCAAUUUUAGCAAGAGUGAUAUCAUCAGCAUUGGUACAGAUCACAAAGUAGAUGUUAUUGCAGAUAUUCUCAAUUGCAGAAUAGAAAAAUUUCCUCUCAAAUAUCUGGGUAUUCCAAUUGGAGCAACAUCUAGAAGCACAACAAUUUGGGAUGUCAUUAUUGAAUUUUUUUUAAAGAAAUUAGCUCCAUCGAAGAGGAGAUUUUUCAACAAAGCAGAUAGAGUAGUUCUCAUUAAAGCAACUCUUCCAACUUACCAAUUUACUUUAUGUCCAUUUUCCCUAUACCUGUGA